CACAGUCCCGCUGCGCAGAGCUGGAGUUGACACUAGCUGCCUGGCCAUGGCGGUGAUGGUGGCCGCGGACCCCGUGCUCCCCGCCUUCAUGCUGUGCAGCACGCUGCUGGUCAUCAAGAUGUACGUGGUGGCCGUCAUCACCGGCCAAGUGAGGCUGAGGAAGAAGGCUUUUGCCAACCCCGAGGACGCCCUGAGACACGGAGGCCCUCAGUUCUGCCGCAGUGACCCGGAUGUAGAGCGGUGCCUCAGAGCUCACCGGAACGACAUGGAGACUAUCUACCCCUUCCUCUUCCUGGGCCUGGUCUACUGUUUCCUGGGGCCGUCCCCCCUGGCCGCCUGGCUGCACUUCCUAGGCUUCUUCAUGGGCCGCGUGGUGCACACCAUCGCCUACCUGGGCAAGCUGCGGGCACCCAUCCGCUCUGUGGCCUACACGCUGGCCCAGCUGCCCUGCGUCUCCAUGGCCCUGCAGAUCCUCUGGGAGGCAGCCCGCCGCCUGUGACCCCAGCGGACGGGGCUGUCCCUGAGGGCCCAGAGUCGCUUCCAGACACCAAGGAGCUCUUGGGAUGGCUCAGGCCUCGCCUGGUUUCCUGGCUGACCACUAUGUGUGUGUCCAUGUGUAUGUGUGUGUCUGCACACACACAAGUGUUCAGGCAGCAUGUAUAUGUAUUUCUGAGCCCUUUGGAGACUGAAGUCAAGUGGCUGACUGGAAACUACUUAAGAGACCAUUUCUCAAGAUGAAUAGAAAACCCUUCUACUGGACCAGCA